AGCAUCUUCUGGAUUUUUUUCUGUUUUCAUGUGUAAGGUUCGUAAACUAAUAUAAAUAAAGCAAAAAUCUCAAAAGAUCUAAAACUAUUUCUGAAUUCCAAACAAUGCUCACGCUUUCCUUCUGUCGCCGUUCGCAACUAGUAUAGAUGAGAAACGCGAUAAACUUCUCUGAUCCCACCAAAAAACCAUCUAAUUUAAUAUAAAGUUAAAAGGUUUUCUGCACACCCUCUGCAGAUCCCAAGGAGGUUGGACGUAUGUCUAAUCGAUUCGUUAUAAUAGAUUACCUAUACACUAUCAAUUUUAUUGCCCGUAGACCACUUUUUUUUUAUUGUCACAGUUGACUGCUAUCUGGCGACAUCUACUCCCGGCCCACAGAAAACGGUUGCUGAACUGUUCACCUCUUUGCAUCAAUAAAUAUUUCAGAUGAUCCCUUCGAAUAUUUUCUCUCUUAUGUAAAAAAUAAUUUUCUACUGUUGUCUCUUGUGAUUCGCUUAUCCAUAGAAUAUCUGACAGCCAUUUUUCCGUAUUUUGCGCACACACACUGUAAAACUUGGACUCGGAAAAGUGGAUGACCAAUCACCCACUUUUAUGUGUUGGCCAACCAGAAAAGUGGAUGAAACUCUUGCUGUCAUCCACUUUUAUUGAUGAAAAAUUAAAGUGGAUGACUUCCAUCGCUAAUGUUUGGUUUUUAGAAAAUUUAUCCACCACGAAUUGCUGAUUUUGCUUAUGUAACAGAUCAAGCUUGUAGUGAAGAUGAUGUAUUAGAUUUUGAAAUUGAUUUAAUGAAGGCGUUAAAUUGGUUUAUUUCACCUAUGAAAGCAAUGAGUUGGUUAGUACAACCUGAAGAGUAA